AUGCAAACCGAUAUGAAAAAGGACAAUUUACGUCGGCUUGCAAUUCCCUUUAAACUCCAGCCUGUUCAGAGAUCAGUUGCGAGUGGUUUGACUAAUGCCGACAUUCAAAAAGCAUUUCAAUUCUUUAACCGGUGUGAAACAAAACUGGCUGAUGUUGUCAGUAAUGUAGAACAGUUGCGGGAGGAGGGUGGAGCCACAAGAUCCUCACCUAAUCUACCAGAGGUGAUGAUGCUGGGACGUAGUAAUGUUGGCAAAUCCAGUUUAAUAACAGCACUUAUGUCUCCACUGAACAACGACUAUGUUGGUAGUAAUAACAAGAUCAAAGAGUUUGCCAGAUCAUCGUCCAAGUCGGGAUUCACUCAAUAUCUGCAUUAUUACAAUUGCGGAAGGAAACUGAAAAUAAUAGAUACGCCAGGAUAUGGACAUGCCUCUAAAGAAGCACAUGGAAACUUAGUUUUGAGAUAUUUACAGAUGCAGAAAAACUUGCGGAGAGUUUAUGUUCUAGUAGAUGGGUAUGUAGGCAUCAGCCCUUUGGACCAUGAGAUGUUCAGGAUACUUGGAGCAAAUGGUAUUCCUUGGAAUAUUGUACUUACAAAGCUUGACAAGCACAUAACAAAGCCCGGGAUUACAAAGAGUUCAAAAUCUGGCACUAAACAAUUUCUCACUGAACAAGAUGCGGAUGUCAUUAACGGGGUAGUUGUAAAUGCACUGCAGUAUGUCAAAACGAUGAGCAGCACACCUGAUGCUGAAGGUGGUAAUGGAACAGUGCUAGAAGAGGUUUUUGGUACCUGUUCACAUCGGCGGCUUAAUUACAUGGGUAUCCCAGAGCUGAGAGCUUCUGUAUUAUCUACGUGUGGGUUACUUUGA